AUGCAUAAAUGGACUUCUGACAUAUCACAGAAACAUUGCAGAAAGGAAAAAUUCACCGAUCUACAAUCCAAGUCUGAAAGUAUAAAAUCUCAAAUACGUUAUGUUAUUAAACAUUUAUUUUUGAAGCUAUCAAUUAGCAUAAAUGAAGAGCAGUUUAUUAUGGCAAUGAAAUACUUACCUACUUAUACUUUUGAAGGUUCCAAGUGUAUUUUAUCUCAAACACGAAAACUCAAAUCACUUCAUGACAACAAUGAAAAUCAAGAAAUUUCUUUCACUUUAUCAAAAAACAUUCGUUAUCACCAGCGUCGUUGUUUAGAAGUAUUCGAACUGCGAAGUUAUGAUGCAAUGCUGAAUAGUGAUGAAAGGAAACUAUGA